AUGUACGGCACAUCGCCGCGCGGCAAGCGACAGGCUGCAUUGGACCGCCUCGAGGCUGUCGUCAAUCAUCAUGUGGCACCGCUCGCUCCUGCUCCCGCAACUCACCGGGAUCAGCCAGACGCCACGCCGCCUCGGCUUCAGCCUCAGCCGCAGCCGCAGCCACAGCCACAGCCACAGCCACAGCCCGAGUUACCAGCAGAGCCAGCGCCUGCACAGGAGUCGACGCGGCUGUGGCUGGACGCCGACUUUGGCGGGCUGGACCAGCCGCCUCCGCCGCAACACUACUACGGCGAUCUGCAGGUCUCCCUCAUUGGGCACGGGCCUAUCCGGCUCAACGAGGGCCCGAUCGAGUUUGAGAACGAUGUCUUCUGCGGCUCGGUCGACGUCCGGGUCCGCGGCGCAGCCGGCGCACCUCACCUUGACUACUGGGAGGGUCGGCAACGCGUGUUUGCCAUCAUCGUGCGCGGAGAGUUCAAGCGAGAGUUCAACGGCAACGAGCUGUACUUUGGCUCGCGGUUCUCAGGCCCACUCAAGGUUCCGUUUGGCGCAUCAGUAGGCAUUCGGUUCGCCAAACUCAUUGACCCGGGUCUUGAGGCUGACCUGCACUCGCCAACACCGUCAAUCAUCUCGCCACUGCUGUGCUCGGUCAACGAGCUGACGGGCCCAGAAGUGCCAGCGAUGGAGUCACCGGCGCGCCGCAAGUUCUUCAAGUCAGAGGAGCACCGCGGCGCGUUUACCUUUCGGCCGGGUGCCGAGUACAGCUUUGAGGCCUACGGCGACGUGCUCGACUGGAACACGUUCCGGCUCUCGAUCGGCCCUCUCCGGCUCUCAGCAGCCAAGUACCUCAACGGGCAGCCUGUCCACAUGCAGAUUGUGGCGCCGGAGACUGACGACGUCGUUGUCGCGGUUCGGUUCGAUCACCGCAGCCUCCAGCGCGCGCGCGGCGUGCUCGAGUAGCAGCUGGUAAACAGCUCACGAGAGA